ACAGAGAGUGCAGCGAAACUAAUAUUUCUUGUUUCUUUACCUGAUUGACGGUAUAUUCCAGUUGUUAUUGUUUGGCUUCAUUGGUAGAGAAUUUUGCUUCUAAUGGUCUAUAAUUUUGGUUAGAAAGGACCAGUACUUUGUGUAAUAUUAUAUGUCUUGCGUGUUUCUGCAGGUUUCUUUUGGGUAAAUUGUCCAAUUGUAAAGAUAUUAUUAUCCAUCUAUUAAAAUCCGAGUUUUGCUUGUAAUGAUUGAUCUUCUUCAGAAUUAUGGAAAUUGACUGUCCUGUUAUAUACCAAGAUGAACGAUGCGUACUUUUAGAUUCGCCAGCUUCUAUUCAAUUUGAGCCUUCUUUUAAGUUUAUUACUAGUAAGCCUACCGUGAAACCAUAUCCUCUGCCUGAAAAGAAACGAGACGAGUCAUCAGAAGAAACGGAUCCACUGGUACAGCAAGUUCAGGAUGCUCUAGGACGGAUAUGUUCUUGGGUCCAUACAUCUUCAAGCAGAGUUUUCGAAAGGGAAUUUACUAACAAGCGUCGAAAAGUUGAUAAUGAAACUUCUUUAUCUGCAACGCAGAUUCCGGAAGCUUUACCAUAUAGGAAAAGCCGUUUAGUGACGGAUUUUCAAACUAAAGAAGAGCUAACUGAACAAUAUAUUUCUAUGCUUAAUAUUAUGAAGCAGAUCCCGCCCGUUUUGUCAACGGUUCCUCUUCAAGAUUCGAGAGUACACGAGUAUGGUCUCGAGGAUUUAUAUCAACAGUAUUUAUGCAAUCUAAGCAGUCAGACAGUAAAGCUAAAACUGAAGGGCGUCAAAACAAUUAUAAGUGAAGACCAACAAGUGCCCGAUUGGUCGACGUUCUACAUACCUUCUGGGGCCUCUUUCAUAAUGGGUGAUGUUGAAAAAACUUCCAAUGUGCUACUGGAAGCAUUAAAAGAUAUAAAAUUAGAUGCAUUUGUUCUUGAUCCCCCUUGGCCAAAUCGCUCUGUUGCCAGAAGAAACCCAUACCCCGUAAACAGGCACUUGGGAUACUUGAGAGAUAUUCCCGUCAAACAUCUACUCAAGAAAAAAGGUGUCGUGGCCGUCUGGUGUACAAAUAAGAAAAAAUACAUAGACUUUGUAAAAGAUACUUUGUUUGCUUCCUGGAAUUUGCACUAUGUUGCGACCUGGAUUUGGCUAAAGAUAACUGCACAUGGCGAUCCUUUGUUUGACAUUCAUUCAAGAAUGCGCAAGCCCUGGGAACACUUAAUUAUAGGCGUUACGCGGGAAUAUUUACAAACUCAUUCUAAGAGAAUACAAAAAAACUAUACGCUCGUUAGUGUACCAGACUACCAUUCUAGAAAACCUUCUUUACACCCGUUCCUGAAAGAGUGGCUACAAUGUGAUCCUACAGGCCUUGAAGUUUUUGGCAGAUGUCUUUCGAGAAAUUGGAUAACCUGGGGUCAACAGCCUAUAUAUUUUAUGAAUAGUGUGUAUUGGCAAUGCAAUGAAAUAGACGAUAAACCAUAGCAAAAAAAACUAGACCAUCAAAAAAAGGAGAGACGCCAUUUAUUUUUUAUCACUAUUAUCUAUUAAUUUUAAUUUUAU